AAAUCACUGCAACGAAACCCUAGCUGCCUUCUUCUCUCUCUUCUCAGCAUCUCAGAAGCAGAGAAAUCAAUCUCCGGCGAAGAUGGCAGGUGGCUUGGACAUGUCACUCGAUGACCUCAUCAAAUCCAAUCGAAAACCUACCGGAUCUCGCGGCCGAGGCAACGGUGAGACUAGUAACGGUGGUCGCGGAUUCGGAGGUGGCUCAGGUCCGUCGAGACGAUUUGCUAACCGAGUAGGAAACAGAACGGCGCCGUAUUCAAGGCCGGUUCAACAAGCUCAUGACGCCAUGUGGGCAAACGACGUUUUCGCUACUGAUGCUAGUGUGGCGGCUGCUUUUGGACAUCAGUCUGCUGGCGUUGGUGUUGGCGUUGGCGGAUCUUCUAUUGAGACUGGAACGAAGCUUUACAUCUCCAACUUAGAUUACGGUGUCUCCAACGAGGAUAUUAAGGAGCUCUUCUCAGAGGUUGGUGACCUUAAGCGUUAUGGGAUUCACUAUGAUAGGAGUGGAAGAUCCAAGGGUACUGCUGAGGUUGUUUUUUCACGGCGUGGUGAUGCAUUGGCAGCUGUUAAGCGGUACAAUGAUGUUCAGCUUGAUGGGAAGCUGAUGAAGAUUGAGAUUGUUGGAACUAAUGUUUCAGCUCCAGCGCCUCCUAUGCUUGCUCCUGUUCAAAUUCCAUUUCCUUCAAAUGGGAUACUUGGCAACUUUAAUGAUAAUUACAAUGGCAACUUCAAUGGGAACUUCAAUGGAAACUUUAGAGGGAGAGGAAGAGGUGGUUUUAUGGGACGGCCUCGCGGUGGUUUUGGCGGAGGUAAUUUCCGUGGUGGUAGGGGACCUAGAGGAGGAGGUGGUGGGCGUGGCAGUGGAAGAGGACGUGAUGAAAAGGUGUCUGCUGACGAUCUUGAUGCUGAAUUGGACAAGUAUCACAAAGAGGCAAUGGAAACAAGUUAAAAGGAGGAACUAACUCCAUUUGCAAGACUAUAUGUGUAUUUCUUUACUGCUUGAUAUACUUUUGCAUGAGUAUGUUAUUUAGUUUCGUGUCAAUGGUCUGACAUUAUCAGGGUUUAGCAUUUUUAGCUUUGUGAGCUUUUUUUUUAAACCUUUUUCAGUUGAAUUCAGAGAAAUCAGUAUCAUGUGUACCGAGAAACUCAAACCCUUCCAAAGUGUUUAGGCAAAACAAUAUUCCAU